AUGACCACAAUUCGCAUCCUCCUUACUCUGGCCGUCAACCGACAGUGGCAAUUAAUCCAACUAGACGUCUUGAAUGCCUUCCUCCAUGGCGAUCUUACCGAAGACAUCUACAUGCGACAGCCGCCGGGCUUCAUCGACGCUGCUUCACCUUCCUCGGUCUGCAAACUACGUAAAUCUCUCUACGGUCUCAAGCAAGCACCGAGACAAUGGUUUGAAAAACUUACCUCAUUCCUACAAACACAAGGAUUCAGGUUUACUCGCUCCGACCCAUCUCUUUUAUCUUAUCAAUUGAAUCAUAUACAAAUUUUCUUCUUAAUUUACGUCGACGACAUUUUAAUUACAGGAAAUAACUCGGCGGCCAUCACUGCUCUACUAUCCAAACUGCAUUCUCAGUUUUCCCUCAAACAGACCAGCCAGCUCUCACUGUUUCUAGGAAUUCAAAUACUCCAGCAACCCUUCGGUCUCUUUCUCUCACAGCAACAUUACGCCGAACGACUGCUCAAAGAUGCAGGGCUCACUGACUGCAAACCUGCAGUCACACCGAUCUCUCCCAAAUCAAGACAUACCGCUUCACCCAGCCAGCCGUUUCACGAUCCGACCCUGUACCGACGAUUAGCUGGCUCUCUACAAUAUCUAUCCAUCACCAGGCCGGACAUCGCUUUUGCUACGAACCAAGUUUGCCAACAUAUGCACCAACUGACCACUCAACACUUUCAGGCUCUCAAACGACUACUCCGAUAUGUCAAAGGUACCCUCUCAUUUGGACUUCCGCUAACCACAGGGGAUCUCACCUUACGGACAUAUACUGACGCCGAUUGGGCGUCCGACUCUUCCGACCGGAAAUCAGUUUCCGGGUUCUGCUCCUUCUUGGGACCAAACCUCAAAUCUUGGUCCGUCAAGAAACAAGUCACGGUCCCAAAGUCCUCUACCGAGGCCGAAUAUCGGGCACUCUCGGCUGCCACCUCCGACGUUAUCUGGUUACGUCGUCUUCUCGCGGAGCUUGAUAUUUCGCAGCCUUCUCCUACCAUAAUUCACUGCGAUAACACAUCAGCGCUUGCUCUUGCUCAGAACCCCGUCUUCCACGCCAGGACCAAGCACAUUGAAAUCGACUACCAGUUCAUCCGUCAACACCUAAAGACAGGAGCUAUUUCUCUCACCCAUAUACCGUCGGAACAACAAAUUGCCGACAUUCUCACUAAAUCUUUCUCAGCUGUUCGCUUUGAUACUCUUCGUCGCAAAUUAACCAUUCGUUCAAAGAAUGAUUAA